UGCUGUUUACAUCAUGGAAGCUAGGGAACAUUGUCGCCGAGAAAAUGGCGUCCAGAAAACCUAUGAAUGUGGGCUUAAAGCAAAGAGCUGUUAUUGAGUUCCUUACUGCAGAGGGAGCUGCACCCAUUGAUUUUCAUUGGAGAAUGAAGCUUGUCUGUGGUGAAGCAUGUGUAAAAGAAAGUACUGUUCGAAGAUGGGCAAAGGAGUUCGCUGAAACCAGUCCAGCAGAAACAGAUUUUCAUGACCAAGCCCAUUGUUCUCGUCCCAACUCUGCCAGUGAUGUUCAACACCAGGAGAAAGUGGCUGAGAUCAUCCAAGCAAACCGGCGGAUCAAAGUAAGAGAUGUCAGUGAAAUGAUAGAGAUUUCUGUUGGGAGUGCUGAGGGUAUUAUCCAUGAUGUGUUGGGUUACAGGAAAGUGUGUGCACGGUGGGUUCCCCACAUGUUGUCACCCGAUCUGAAAUUGAACCGAAGUCAAGUUAGUGAUGAACUCCUGGCUCGUUAUACCGAUGAAGGUGAAGCUUUCUUACGUCGUAUCGUCACACCAUUAUGA